GGCCGCAGCCCUCGUUCCACAGCCGAGACGCGCCCCUCUGAGUGGUCAGGGCGGUGUCAGCAGCGCGCCCCCCUCUCCCCAAUCAAGUAACUUGGGGCGCGCCCCGCGGUAAGUCGGGCGGGGCAGGCGGCGGCCUGGGCUCCUCCCUCCUCCUCCUCCCGGCGCCCCUGCUCUUAAUCCGCGCGCGGGGGCGCCCGGCCACUGGCCUCUGCCUAGCCAGCCAGCGGUCAUCGCGGAGCCGGAGCCGCGCGUCCAGUCCCGAGGCCGACGCAGCCCUCCGGCAUGGCCCCUGCAGCGACAUCAGGGGGCAGCUCCCUGCCCAGCGGCCUCGCUGUCUUCACUACCUUCCCUGACCUGCUCUUCAUCCCUGAGUUUGUCUUCGGAGGCCUGGUGUGGAUCCUGAUCGCCUCCUCGCUGGUGCCCUUGGCGUUGGUGCAGGGAUGGGUGAUGUUCGUGUCUGUGUUCUGCUUCGUGGCCACCACCACCCUGCUCGUCCUGUACAUGAUGGGUGCCCACGGCGGGGAGGCUUCCUGGGUCACCCUGGACGCAGCCUACCACUGCACUGCCGCCCUGUUUUACCUCAGCGCCUCGGUCCUGGAAGCUUUGGCCACCAUCCAAAUGCAUGACGGCUUCACCUACAAGCAAUACCACGAAAACAUCUCUGCUGUGGUGUUUUCCUACGUAGCCACUCUGCUGUAUGUGGUCCACGCUGUGUAUUCUUUAAUCCGAUGGAAAUCUUCAUAAAGCAGAGGAGGAAGAACUAUAGCUGAACACCCAGACGGUGUUAAUUGAUCAGCCCGUCUUCCAGCAUCACUUUUUAGAAUGCAGGCAUGCUCUCCAUAAUGGAAAAAAGAAAACAAACCAAAAAAAAAAGCAACACUCUGUUUCUUGUGGGUGUUAUGUUUACUGUCUCAUAGACCUUUAUGUCAGGGUUGGGGCCAGCUACCUUUAACCUCAAAUGACAGCUAUCUUUCUUGGGUUAUUUCUUGCUUUGGGGGGUCAGUGUGGCAUGGGAAGUGGGGACUGUGGUCUGAGAGACCAUGAAAUGAAGAUGCCCUGCCAACCUCUGGAUGGAUCUUGAGAACUCUCGGAAUUCUUCAUGGGCUCUCUGCGCACCCAUCUCCUGGCUUGUUUCUAAGUCAUCACAGAGGUUCUGCCUACCAUGGGGAGUAAAACUCGCCCAACAAACAUGUACAAAUGUCCACAGUGGAAGAUGACAAACCCCUGAGACACCUCAUAAAGUGCCUUUAUGUUCA